UGACGCCACUGAGAGCUUGCAUCGUGAUCCAGUUUUGUUUGAAGAAUUUAUUUUGAAUGUAUCGGUUGUUGUAGCAAUAAUGUAUUCAGUUCAGUAUCUGAGAGAGUUUAUCAAGGAGAGAUUAACUUCUGCUGCAGAACAAAUCUUCUCAGAGUUUGAAAAAACGAUCGUCCGCUAUGAGGAGGAGAUCAGUCAGCUUAGACUGCUGGAUAUCAGACCCGGGAUAAAGUCACACAAUACCGGUCUGGAUGAGCAGCAGGUCUGUGACCAGGAGAGGAGCUCCAGUCUCAACCAGCAGGACCCAGAGCCUCCACAGACUAGAGAGGAACAGGAGGAAAUCUGCAGCAGUGAGGAAGGAGAGCAGCUUGAACUGAAGCAGGAGGCUGAAGGCAUUCAUGUCUGGACAAGGGAAGAGCUGGAUUUGUUGUGUAAACCUGGAGUAAAGCUGACCACAACAGUUGAAGAUGAAGUUCUGGAUGACCAGCAGGUCUGUGACCAGAAGAGGAGCUCCAGUCUGGACCAGCAGGACCCAGAGCCUCCACAGACUAAAGAGGAACAAGAGGAAAUCUCCCUCAAUCAGGAAAGAGAGCAGCUUUCACUGAAGCCAAAAACCAAAGAUGUCAUCGUCCUAACUGGGCAGGAGCUGGGCAUCAUGUGGAACCCUGAAGUAAAGUUGCAAAGAAUAGAUUUUCCACAACAUGACUGUAAGGACGAGGAGGGGCUCACAUAUCAGCACGUCUGCAACCAGACGAACUCCAGUCUGGACCAGGUGGAUCCUUCACAGAUUAAAGAGGAACACGAGGAACUCAGUACCACUGAAGAGGGUAAACCGCUUGAACGAAAGCAGGAGACUGAAACUUUUCCUUCUCGUGAAGAAAGUGACUACAGGGAACCAGAACCAAGCAGUGUCCAGCUCCUUUCUCACAACUCUCCUGACACAAAUCAGUGCGAAAGCAAGGACAAUGACUUACACAGAAAUAAUUUGAAUCAAAUCAUAGCAGACCUCAUGGUUAAAAAUUCCAAGAAAGUACAUUCGUGUAGCACCUGUGGAAAAACAUUUAAUAGGACGGGAAACUUGAAACGACAUAUGCAAAUUCACACAGGUGAGAAGCCACAUUCUUGUAGUUACUGUGGGAAAAGAUUUAGUUGGAAGUCAGACUUGACAAGACACAUGCGAAUUCACACAGGUGAAAAACCACAUUCUUGUAGCACCUGUGGGAAAAGAUUUAAUCGGAAGGAAUAUUUGAAAAUGCACCUGGAAUAUCAUACAAGUGAAAAACGAUAUUCCUGUAGCACAUGUGGAAAAAGAUUUCAUCUAGACACAAAUUUGAAUAGACACAUGCGAAUUCACCCGGGUGAGAAGCUGCAUUCUUGUGGCAUUUGUGGAAAAGGUUUUGGUCAGAAGACAUACCUGAAUAGACACAUGCGAAUUCACACAGGUGAAACGCCAUAUUCUUGUAGCACGUGUGGGAAAAGAUUUAAGUGGAAGGCGUAUUGGAAAAUGCAUAUGGAUUUUCAUACAGGUGAAAAACAACAUUCCUGUAUCACUUGUGGGAAAAGAUUUCAUUUAAAAACAAAUUUGAAUAGACACAUGCGAAUUCACACGGGUGAGAAGCCAUAUUACUGUAGCACCUGUAGGAAAAGAUUUAGCGACGCAGCAAAUUUUGCAAGUCACAUAAAAAGUCAUACAGGUGAGAAACCACACUGUUGCAGAGGCUGUGGGAAAGGCUUUAUCCAUAUCUCAAGCUUGAUAAGACACAUGAGAGGCCACACAGGUGAAAAACCUUAUUGUUGUAGCACAUGUGGAAAAAGUUUCAGUUCUUCGGUACAGUUGAAAAUGCAUAUGAAAAACGAUGCUACAUGCUAAGUUUCAUUCUUAGAAAAUGUUAAUGGUGUCUCUCGCUACAUGCACGUGUACAUUUGGUAAACAUAGCUUUUUCUAUGUGUCAUUGCUUUUCAUCCACCUUAAAUGAGAGGUGAAGAUUUUCUAAAGCUCAGUUUUUGUUUACGUGUGGAUUAAAAAAAGCAUUUGAAAAAAUGA